UUUAAAUAGCAGCAGCAGUGCUUCUCUUAUAACCAUUUCGCCCCCCGUCCCCCUUUUUUUGUUAUCCUUGCGCUUGUAAAAUCUGAUAGUUCUUCACCGGAACGAAAGUUGCUUUUCGGCCUGUGGAGUAAAAUCUCCUCGGUGUUUUGUGCAGUAGCUGCCUGCCCUGUGUGUGUGUGUGUGUGGCUGUGUCAGCUGGAGCCUACGUGCGAACUUGCUCGGGCAGUGAUGUAAAGCGGCACGUAGUCGGCGGGGCCCGCGUAUCGGACUCCCGUGAUCAAAAUAUAGUCCCGGGGGAGGCUGAGUGGGGGUUUUGUUACACUCCUGAUUUUAUCGCUCCUGUGCGGAUACGCAGCUGUAAUUUGCAGGCAUGACGUUAGCCGGAGAGCAAAAGGACUUAACGGGGAAAAAAGGGGACGUGUUCUCGUUUGACAUGAUUAAUCUGAGGCUCAACUUCCCUGCAGCGGGAUUAGGACCGUCCGGGCUUAGCAGGAGGACAUGGGUAAAACUUUGCACAUUCUCCAGAAAUCCGCAGAACGUGUGCCGACUGCAAUCUCGCUGGAUGUGAGUUUAAAUAUGGACGAAGCGGAAGAUUUCACGGAGCAGCCGAUCGUUGGGCUUUCGGACAAAAUACCUCUAGUGAAACCCUAUUUCAGGAAGAAACAGAGGAAAUUGGACCACAAAUGCCUCCAACGCUCCCUGGAUCCGAUACUGACUAGUUUAUUGAGCACGGAUACUCUGGUGUCCGGGGAUGGGGUGUUUGUUCCCCGCAGCCAGCCGGGCAGAACUCCGGGCACCCUGUGCGCGGCGGCGGUGGUGAAGCAGAGCUGCGUGGGGCAGGUGUGUCUCAAAGACCCGGGAGCCGCCGAGAAUGCAGCGGCUGCGACCGGAGUCCAGGGGUUGAUGAGCCGGGACGUCGACGUGGAGAUAGCCGAUACUACUGCGGAGCUAGAGGAAACGGAGCGACCCCAGCUGAAAGCUGGCCUCCGAGCUGCUGAGAGCACGGAGACAAUCCCACCCUCAGAGAGGGAUAUACCUCCCAUAGUCACACCCCAGGUUCCUCACCAGGAGGGGAGCAUCAUCAAAAGCAAAGACCUCCUAACCUCUGGCGCUAAAAGUGUUUCAGUGAAAGACUCCUCUGCAAUCCAGGAUCCCCGCUCCCAGCUCCUGCAGCCAGACAAAGGGGUGCUGUUCCAGAAUAAAAGCGAAGAGGCCUCCCUGGAUCUAGUGUUUGAGCUACUCACUCAGCUCCAGUAUCACACGCACCAGUCGGACUCUGUAGACAUUUGUGUGGAUUUCCUCCAGGGACGGUGUGUUUUUGGGAACGACUGUGCCCACCACCACACCGUGCUGCCCUACCACUGGCAGAUCCGCAGGAGCAACACUCAGACAUGGCAGAGCAUAGCAGACGAUUCCCAGGAGCAGCUGGAGAGACUGUACUGCAACCCAGACCAG